AUGUGCUUGGAAAACUCUGACACUGCAAUCCACCGAGGAGAUACCUCUAUUCCAGAGACUUGGGCAGAAGGAGAUGUUGCAGGCAUAGGAGAACUUGCAGAGGUAGCUGAGAGCUCUUCCAUUCCUGACGUUGAGCCGUGGUGUACAGAAAUGAAGCAGAAAGAUGAAGAUGCUGAGACCAGAUCCUUGGAUGCUGUGCAGGAGAGUGAGGAUAAGAGAGAACAUCCUAGCACAUCACAAGGAGGAACGAAGGGUGGACUGUUGGAAGAGGAUUUGAGCGAUCAGGAUAGAUCCAGAAGGAACAGCGGAAACUAUACAAAAGAGAAGGACAAAUCCAUUUCAACUCAGAGCGGAUUCUACUUUGAACAAGAAGAACAAACAGGAAAGGGACACAGAAAGCACCUGGAUGCUCAUUUGAGAAUCCACACGGCAGAGAAACCCAGUCAAAGUCCAGAGUCUGUGAAAAGAGACUGUCUGAGCCAACCAACUGUAAAAGGUCCAGUGCUUGACACAGAGGGGAAAAGUCAUACUGGUUUGGAGUGUACAAUGAGCUUCACACGGAGCUCACAACUUACAAGACACCAUCAACAAAUUCAUUCUGGGGAGGAAAUGUAUAUGUGUACGCAAUGUGGAAACAGCUUCCACAAAAAAGAUCUCAAAGCACAUCAAAGGUGCCAUAGAAGGUGGAAACCCUUUAAAUGCUCCUGGUGUGAAAAAAGCUAUGCGCAUAGUGCAAGCCUUUCCAGACAUAAAAGAGUUCAUACAGGGGAAAAACCCUAUGAAUGUGCAGAAUGUGGAAAGGGCUGCAUUGAUAACUCACAUCUUAUUACACACCAACAAAUUCACACAGGAGAGAAACCCCACACAUGUAAAGUAUGUAGAAAGAGCUUUUCAUAUAGUUCAUCUCUUAUUAUGCAUGAAAGAAUUCACAAGGGAGAAAAACCCUUUCAAUGCUCAACAUGUGCAAAAUGCUUCAAAACGAACUCAGACCUUUCCAGCCAUGAAAUAAUCCACACAGGAGAGAAACCCUAUAUAUGUAAAGAAUGUGGAAGGAGCUUUUCUCAUAGGGCAAACCUUAUUACGCAUGAAAGAAUUCACACAGGGGAGAAACCCUAUAUAUGUAAAGAAUGUGGAAGGAGCUUUUCUCAGAGGGCAACCCUUAUUACACAUGAAAGAAUUCACACAGGGGAGAAACCCUAUAUAUGUAAAGAAUGUGGAAGGAGCUUUUCUCAGAGGGCAAACCUUAUUACGCAUGAAAGAAUUCACACAGGGGAGAAACCCUAUAAAUGUGCAGAAUGUGAAAAAGGCUUCAGCAAUAACUCACAUCUUAUUAACCACCAACGAAUUCACACAGGAGAGAAACCCUAUACAUGUAAAGAAUGUGGAAAUAGCUUUCGGCAUAGUUCAUCCCUUAUUACGCAUGAAAGAAUUCAUACAGGAGAGAAACCCUUUCAAUGCUCAACAUGUGCAAAAUUCUUCAAAACAAACUCAGACCUUAAUAGCCAUAAAAGAAUUCACACAGGGGAGAAACUCCAUACAUGUGCAGAAUGUGGAAAGAGCUUUACUUGGAGGGCAUCCCUUAUUACGCAUGAAAGAAUUCACACAGGUGAGAAACUCCAUACAUGUGCAGAAUGUGGAAAGAGCUUUUCUCAGAGGGCAACCCUUAUUACGCAUGAAAGAAUUCACACAGGGGAGAAACCUUAUAAAUGUUCUAUGUGCAGUGAAACAUUCUGUUACAGUAAUCAGCUUGUGAGACAUCAAAGAACUCAUGCACAGGAGACUCCCUAG